AUGAGUAAUCACGAAGAUGAUUUAGAAGUACAAGAGCCAGUCGAUCAAUAAAAAGAAGACGAGUCAUAAAAGAAAGGAGGCACUGACAAUAAACAUUAACUCAAAGAUAUUGAUUUAUCAUCAAUUUUUGUGAGAAAUUUGGAUGAAAACACCACAGAGGAUGAUCUUAAAGAAUAUUUCAAAGAUUGUGGAACCAUAGUUAAAGUGACUUUAAGAAGUGAUAAAAAUACUGGCACACUUUAUUCAUAUGUUCAAUUUCAAGAAUAAGGCUCUGUUGAAGAUGCUUUAGUCUUAAGCGAAGGCAUCAUAAGAGGAAAGAAAAUACUUGUGUUCCAAAAGAGAACAAACUUAAGAAAUAGAGGUAGAGGAAACAGGGGAGCAAGAGGAUAACCAUUUUAAUAUAUUACAAGAGGAAGAUAUUUGUAUGCAGAACCAAUUAGAGGAAGAGGAGCUUAUCGUGGUGGCAAAUGAGAUAUUUUCAUAGCCACCAUUGUAUAUUAUUACAAAUAAAUAAAAAAAAUACAAAAA